CAUGGAGAAGGUGGAACAGAUCUGCCUAUGGCUUAGCACACACCCCGCCCUGGAGAGUGUCUCCUUUGCGCAGGCGCAGAUGGAGAACGUGGGUUGGUUCAUGGGGAAAAGCGGCUGCCUGUUCUCGGAGCCAAUGCCAUAGCUCCCAGGGGGCCGGGCCCAGGUUUCAUUGGCUGUCGAAGUGCAGGGCGCGCGCCUUUCGUCCUUCCGCCCGGACGCUCGCCGGACAUCCCCGUUAUUUACGCGCCAUGGAGCCCGGGCCUGUUGCCCGUUUCGGACCUCGGCUGGGCAUCACGGACCCCGCUGUCCUAAGGAAAGCUGAGGAAUACCUUCGACUGUCCCAAGUAAAGUGCACUGGAUUGUCUGCUCAUACAACAGAAACAAGUAAUGCAAUCAUGUGUCUGGAUCUUGCUGCUACCACUAGGAGAUGGCCUUUAGACAGAACUUAUUUAGUUAAACUAUCUGGCUUAAACAAGAAGAUGUAUCAAAGCUGUCUUAAGUCUUUUGAGUGUUUGCUGGGCCUGAAUUCAAAUCUUGGAAUAAAAGACUUAGCUAUACAGUUUAACUGCACGGAGGCAGUAAACAUAGCUUCAAAGAUACUUCAGAGGUAUGAAGCCAGUCUUCCCCAGAUUCAGAAAGUAGAUCUAGACCUGUCCAAGCCACUUUUCACUACAGCUGCACUGUUUUCAGCAUGCAGGGUCCUAAAGCUAAAAGUAAAUAAAGACAAAAUGAUGACCACAUCUGGUGUAAAGAAAGCUGUAUUUGAUCGACUCUGUAAACAGUUGGAAAAGUUUGAAGAGCAAGUUAAGGGAGAACCUAAUAUUUCAGUUUCUCCACCAGCGAAAAGACAGAAAAAGAUUACAGUUGAAAAUUCUAAGAAAGAAAUAGAGGAUAAAGCCGAGUCUCCUCAUAAGAAGCAGCAAAGUGAAGAUUUAAAACAAGAUUAUGAAGAGUGGAAAAGAAAAAUUUUAGAAAAUGCUGCUAAAGCACAAAAGAAGUGAUUAAAUUUUCUGGGUAGCACCUGCCACCAACCAUGACUCUUUACUCCCUACUGAGUCUUGAUGUAUUGUUAGCAUUUGCUUUUGAGCAAGAAUUCUGAAAGUACUGUGCUCUGCCUCAGUGUGCUUAGGGCUCUUUUUCUGGGCAGUACCAAACACAUUAUGUCAAGGAAAACCAUUCCACCUCCACUCCAAGUUUCCAUAUUUUGCUGAGGUUACUUGAAAAAAGGCAGCAUAGAGGUCACAUCUAAGGCAGUGAGACCUGGCUCCUGACCUUGGAAAUAAGCUUGACACAAUCAAUCAUGGUGUCAUUUGGCUUACUUUCCUCUUCCCUACCAGGUAUGUGUGUUCUCUUCCAAAGGAGUCUGAGGAAAUUUAGGACUCUAGUUUGUACUUUUAAU